AUGACAUCCCUCUUCCCCCGCGAAGACGCCCCGGGCACGACAACCCAACCGGCAGCGCCCACCGCCUCCUCAACCGCAACAAGCGGCAUGACCCUGCCCCUCCUCCUCGCGAUAGCAAUAGGCGGCGGCGUCCUCCUCUUCAUCUGCCUAGCCUUCCUCCUCAUCGCCCUCGCAGGCCGCCGCCACCGCGCCGCCGCCGCCGCCCGCUCAGACAACAGCAACAGCAACCCCAACUCGGCCUCGUGCUCGCCGCGUACAGACGCAGAAUGCGGCGCCUCAGAAGCCGGGGACCGGUCCCCGCGCACGCCGAGCCCGCGCCCGCGCCGCCUCACGAAAGCGAAGCCGGGCAGCCGCGACGGCAGAAGCCGGUCGUACAUGGACAUGGCCGAGAUCCAGCACCAGCGGCGGCAGCACCAGCACCGGUCCUUGGCGUCCAUCAUCGGCCUCCCGCGGAGCAAGACGUUCAAUGUGUUUGGGAAUUCGGAUGCGGAGGGGGGACAGCAGCGCGGCGGGCAUCUGCGGAGGAAUAACAGCUGGAUCGACGAGGACGCCAUCCAUGGGCCGAGAGUGCAGAAGGACGACCGCAGGCUGAGUAUUCGGGACAGCUUCAUCUUGCGGACGCCCACGCUGCCGGACUUUUCGACGUUCAAGGAGGAGGAGGCGUUUGCGAGCGAGCUGGGCGGCGACGGCGGCGACGGUGGCCAAGAGAUUGGCUGCCGCCGCGAGGGGCGGUCCCCCUGUGCCGGCUCCAUCUCCUCAGGGCCCGCGGCCGGCGCCACUCCCAAGGCUGCGCCAUAA